CUGCCAGUACAAACACAGCUUCUGUGUUCCUCUAGGGAUGCAUCUAUUUCCUUCCAUCAGGAUGUGUUGCAGCUGAUUUUUUCCCCUAAAAUUAAUUGUAUUAGCCAUUCAGUAUAAUUAUGUCUCUAACAUAAUUAAGUCAUUAAUUCUUAUUUAAGAAAACAAAAGCGCAGUGAAUAUAUAGUUUCAAGCGGGUUCGGAGAAAACCAAUUUAUAUGUAUAUAAUUUUCAUAUUUUAAGCGGGAAGUAUAUAUGUAAUAAGCACCCGGAAACAACUCAGGAACAAAAAGAAAAAAGUGGAGAAAUUCGUGCCAGUCGUGCCAGUCCGCAGAAUAAUAAAUCAUAAAAAUUGAACUUUUAAGAAAGAAGAAAGCAACUGAGUCUCUGUAUUUCUGUUAGGUAUGAGGAAGACAGAAAAAGGAAUGGGAGACGAGGACGAGGAGAAACUUUCAAAGAUGGGUUUAGGGAAAGAAAAGGAAGGAUCGAAUCUUGAUAUGAAUUUUUCAGAGUCCUUUUCUGAACCAGGGUUUCAAGAUUCUGGUAAAAAAGUCAUGGGUUCUGAAUUUUUUGAUCAUUUAGUUGAUGAUCGUGGUAAAGGUAGCAGUUCUAGUUCUGAAGGUGAUGUUGAAUCGAGAGAGACAAGAAAAUACACUAAUGAAGAAAAGGCAGAGGGUAAAAUUGAUGAUUAUGAUUAUGAUGAUGAUAAUAUAGUGGAUAAUAAUAGUAAUCUUGAUCUUAAUCUUAGGCCUGAUGAACUCGACGCUAGUUAUGCUCUUCAACUUUUGUCGAAGAUAAUGCAUAGAGAAGUUACGGCAGUCAAUCAAGAAUCGAGCAGAUACCUCAAUCAAGAAACAAGCAGAAACAUCAAUCAAGAAUCGAGCAGAAACCUCAAUCAAGAAACAAGCAGAAACAUCAAUCAAGAAUCGAGCAGAAACCUCAAUCAAGAAACAAGCAGAAACAUCAAUCAAGAAUCGAGCAGAAACCUCAAUCAAGAAUCAUACAGAUACCACAAAGAUGAAUUAAGGAGUAGGCAUGAAUAUAUUUUAAGCAAUGUUGCAGAGCAUUUUGCACAUCCUGGAAUACAUAACGAAGUAAUUAAAAGGAAAUCGAGUGAAGUUGACAAAGAAUUAGAUGAUUCUCAAAGUCCUUUUUCGCUUGCAAUGGAACUAGUCAAGAAGAGGAAUUUUAGUCAAAGUGUUGAUAAUGAGUCUUCGAUCAAAUGGCUGCCUGCACAAAACAAAGGACAUUACGUAUCUAGUCACAAUGUGCCUAAACUGAUGGACCUUUGCCUCAAUGUUCUUGCUACUAAUGCUGAUAAAAUUGUGUCACUUGAAAAUGUUCCUGAUGAUUUAAGACAUAGACUUUGUAAGAUGGUUAGUGAUCGUAGAAAAAUGGAUGCGCACUUCGUUGAACUUCUUGCAAGGGACUCUCCCACUGAGAUUCGUGUUUGGGAUACCUCACAGCUGACAGAAGAUGACUGUAUCAAAAUUUUUUGUGCAUGUGAUACUCGGAACUUGACAGUGCUACAACUUGAUCUUUGUGGACUAUGUAUACAUGAACAUGUAUUGCGUCGCAUUUUAGCUGGGCCUUUGUGCAGACUUCAUAAAUUAGCCACCAUCUCUCUAAAGGGUGCAUUUCGUCUAUCAGAUGCUGGGCUAAGUGCACUGGCAAAGUCUGCACCUGGAUUACUGUCCAUAAAUCUGAGUCAGUGCUCUCUUCUCACCUCUGAUGCUAUCAAUGAUCUAGCUAUUCAUAUGAAAUCUACAUUAAGGGAGCUAUAUAUAGAUGAUUGUCAGAACAUAAAUGCCAUGCUUUUUUUACCUGCACUGAAGAAAUUCAAGCACCUAGAAGUGUUGUCAGUAGCAGGCAUUCAGACUGUUAGUGAUGAUUUUGUAAUUGGACUGGUCGAAGCAUGUGGCAUGAAUAUGAAAGAGCUUGUUUUGGCUAAUUGUGUGGAAUUGACUGAUUUAUCACUUAAAUGUGUGGGCAAAACUUGUCCCAAACUGUGUGCCCUUGACCUUUCACACCUGCACAAUUUAACAGAUUCAGCGUUACAAUAUCUAGCCAACGGUUGCCGAUCAAUUUGUAAAAUCAAACUUUGCCGCAAUGAUUUCAGUGAUGAAGCCAUUGCUGCCUUCUUGGAAGUGUCUGGAAUGUCUUUAAAUGAGCUUUCACUGAAUAAAAUCAGUAAGGUUAAUAUGAACACUGCCUUAUCAAUUGCCAAAUGUUUGAGAAAGUUGUUGAGUUUGGACUUAUCAUGGUGCCGCAAAUUAACGGAGGAGGCACUGGGACUGAUUGUUGACAGUUGCCCAGCACUGAAGGUGUUCAAACUCUUUGGUUGCACACAGGUUACAGAUGUUUUUCUAAAACGCCACUCCAAUUCCCAAGUGCAUAUCAUUGGAUGUCAAACAUUACCGUUUCUGAAACAUAUGGAUGCACUGGGACAUCAACAAGCUCCAUUACAGUACUCUCCAUUGGUCACAUAAUUUUGCUAAAAGUGCUAUUAUUUACUCCUCUGUUGUACAGAACAUUCCAGUUUCUUUCUAUAAGAGACAUCUUCGGUUCUUGACCCA